AUGAACAGAUCAACAGAUAAAGAGACAGACACACGGUUGAUUAGAUCAGCAGAUAAAGAGAUAGACAGACGGUUGAAUAGAUCAGCAGAUAAAGAGACAGACAGACGGUUGAAUAGAUCAGCAGAUAAAGAUACAGACAGACGGUUGAAUAGAUCAGCAGAUAAAGAUACAGACAGACGAUUGAAUAGAUCAACAGAUAAAGAUACAGACAGACGGUUGAUUAGAUCAGCAGAUAAAGAGAUAGACAGACGGUUGAAUAGAUCAGCAGAUAAAGAGAUAGACAGACGGUUGAAUAGAUCAGCAGAUAAAGAUAAACAGACAGACGAAAUCGACUUUCAUGUUUAUCAAGAGGAACACUGUCCAAGGAUUAGAGAGAAGCUUGCCACUGAGGGACGCCGCUGUCUCCGUAAAUGCAGACCCCACGCUGAUUGCAAAAAUCCCAGAAAACAGUGCUUGUGUGAUGACGUUUGCGGAUGGAGCUGUGUCCGGCCCGACCUGACCUGCGACCUGCUAGGAGAUAUUGAGAAUGGGAAAAUUCAGCGCCCUCAUGUGGAAGGUUUUGGAGUUAAAGUGAUCUACAGUUGUAAUGAAGGUUUUGUGAUGUCAGGCCCGAGGGAACGAAGGUGUCAGGGUGAUGGCUCGUGGAGUGACAGAGCCCCAGUGUGUAUAAAAAAAGAAAAUGAAGAAGAUGAAAAUAACAAACAAGGAUGUACGUUCAAGAAUACUGAACCCCACCUGGUGGCAUUCCAAGGAGACAAGGAACUUACAGACGAAAUUUCAGAAAUUUCUCCUGGAAGUGAACUAAUUUUCCGAUGUAGUGACGUCGGCAAAUUUAGACUCAUAGGUAGCGUACGCCGGAAGUGUCUCCAUGGAGACUGGACCGGGAUGACACCGUCGUGCCAUGGAUUAUCACAGAAAAAUGACUACGCACUGGAAAAGCCUCCAACAAUCCUGUUUCGCCAUCACGUAGGGCCGAUAGCCCAAAGUAACGAUGGCAAACUGGUGGUGUAUCCUGGUACCGUUCUUCAUCUGGAAUGUUUGUGGAUUCGGAAGUAUGGAACUCCAAAGUGGGAAGUCAGCCAUUCCUACAGGAAGUACCCAGAAGGUUGGACAAACGAGCCAGGUCGUGAUCCCCAACUAGAGUACCGACUGUCCAUUUAUAACGCUCAGAAGAAUGACUCUGGUCAAUUCACGUGCAUAACCCCUAUGGGUCAAAGGCACCACGUGGAUAUCGUCAUUAAAG